AUGGAUGAGAAAACAAACCAGUCCUGCAAAAAUUCUAGCCAGAGAGCUUCCCGAAACCGGCAUGUAAGGAGCUGCAUGUGCAGGAUUCCUUGGCAGUCUGAAUUCUCCCCUGCUGAGCUUGUCAAGGACAUUGCAGAAAGAGUAACGAAAUCUUUGCGCUUGGUUCCUAUCAAGAAAUCCUUACAUCGCGGUUCGUCUUCCUUAGGAAGAUCGAAAUCAGAAAGAUCCUCUGUUGAUUCUUAUAGAACAGCUGCUGUUGAGGACUGCAUUGAAUUCAUCCACUCUUCAUUUUCUAGAUCCAAUUCUUCGACUGCCACGUCUCACCAAGAUUCUAUACAUGCUCCUUGA